AUGCAGUCGUCGGUACCUGCCUUGACGCCGCAGCAUCCAACAGACUCUUCAAGUCGAGCUGCAACCGGAGGCUCUCGCAAGGUCCAAGAGCAGGUGGGCUCCUACAUCAAAAAGCUUGUUGGUGACGAAGCUGGUGAUGGCAUGCUCCAUUGGAGGCUUGUAAAUGAGAUGGACGCAAUUGAUGGCCUGAUCCAGGACAACCUGGAGCGAGAUCGGGCAGCUGAGCAGAAAGCUUUGCAGAGGACCGUGCUGGAAGAGCAGGUGAGAGAAGCUCGGAAGAAGGACCAUGACUUCAAGUCUUCCAGAAUGCAUUGGGGAAGCAAAAUCCAGGCUGAUGCAGCUCAGUGGCAGGAAGAGGAGAGGUUGAAAAAGAUUCGGCAGCAAGAGACACUGCGGAAGUUCAAUGAAGAGCAAGCUCGUCAUGCGGAGGCAAGCCGACGUCGGAAAGAUGCGGAGGCACAAGAGGUCGCACAGCUGGAGCACGCCAUGGCACAGCAGGCUGCCGAUGCUAAGCGGCAACAAGAACUAGCAGAAGAGCAGCGAAGGAAGAAGCAGCAGGAGAUGGCGAAGCAAAUGGCCGACGCUGCAAAGGAAGCGGCGGAGCAAAAGGUUCUACGCAAGCAAGAGGAGGCUGAAAAGGACAUUGCAAUGAUGAAAGCGCAGAUUGCCGUGAUGGAAGCGCAGGAGCAGCAGCGCGCUCAAUCUUUUCAAAGAAUGAAGGAGAAGCAGGGGAAGGCGCAAGCGCAAUACGAGGCCCGUUGUGCCAAGACUGGCUGCCUUUGGAAGAAUAGGGACCACAGUAAUAUUGCGACCGCGAAGAAGACGCGGUGUGAUUUGCUUCAAGUGCUUGUCUUGAGUCUUGGCUGCGGGAAAUGCGGGAAAGGCCGAGACGAGGCCCGUCCAUCCAGACCCACACCUGCGUCCCUGUCCCGGUUUCUGAGGCCAAGGCCGGCAGCGAGCAGGCGAGGCUCCAGAAGGAGGCCAACAUUCACUGACUACCUGGAGACCAUGACCUACCUUAUGCUCGACUUGCAAGACAUCAUGAACACCUUGUUUAGUACUUGUUUCUGGCAGUCAGAGAGUGUGUGA